AUGACGAAUAGCGCUGGCGACCAAAUUGAUCGAAUCCUCUAUUCCAUGAAUCGUGAUGACAUUCUACGACAAAAGAAUCAGUACCUGUCGCACUGGACCAAUGUUGAAGUAUUCGAAGUUGGACGGGAAACUUCUACAAGGCAAAGAAUGGAAGAUGAGGCAUUCGUCUCAUACCAAGGUAUGUCCUGAUCUCUGGGUCCCCACGUAGAAACACCGAUACUUUCAAAGCAUAAACAGACUCUGCUUUUUGAAGACGUGUGCCUUAGUGUAAUGUAAGAUAAAGCAAGAAGGUCAAAUACAAUAUAAUUAAGCUGAGGUGAUGAACAGAUUCAUACCAGAUUCUCAGCAGUAGAAAGACAAGUUGCAACUCUUGCCCGCUGGCUUUACACAUUUACUCACUCGCUUCAAGAUCUGCUCAGGGUUUGCUGGUCUCAAACACAUGCAAAAGCAGCCUUCACAACGUCUAGAAUACGAUGACGAAUCCGGGAAAUUGAUACGUCUACAAUAUCUCUACUCUCAUAUCAUCCGGAGUCAAUCUACUGCAGCAAGUCCCGGCGACCUCACGAAGCGAGUUCUGGAUUGGCGAAAAAUGAUUAUCUGGACAGGUCGCGAUAUGCAGUCUGGCGAGACUACAAUCGUGGCCUUACAUUGUCCACAGGACCUUCGCGAGAAGCUAGUUAGCAUGUGUGAUAGUGGUGUACAGCAGCGACAUCUUUUACGACACCCGAUGAUUGUUCAUGCUACUUUCGGAGAGUUGCUACAUGAACUCGACUUCUAUUUUCCAGGGAAUUUCGCUACGCCUAUUUAUGAACUAGCAUGUAGUUUUUCCUAGUUGUAUUCUUUCUACCUACACAGUAAACAUGAACUGUAUAAAUCGCCAUUUUCUAACACAAAAGUGCAGGAACUGGACCUUGGAACCUCAUCGGCGGAGUACACGACUGGUGCCCGCCGCUUCAUCAUGAUAGCAAGACAGAUGGGUAAUAUCAUGACCGACUACAAUAUAUGCCCCGCCAGCUUACAGCUAUUAAUUGAAAUAUCUGAAAUCGUGGGAAAAUCCGAUUCUCCAGUCCACGUUAGCGAACAAGAACGGCAAGAAGCUCAUCUUGAGCUCAAUCCUCAAGGGGUUUUAAAAUAG